AUGAAGAGAAUUUUUCUUUUAGGAAUUAAUGAAGGAGAGUUUGUCUACUUUUUAUUUGGAUUAUUAAAUGGAAUUUAUACCAACAAAUUAAAUGUUAAUGAUAAGAAAAAGUAUUAUUUCAAAUUUAAAACAAUUAUUUAAGUUCUAGUAAUAUCUGCUUUGAUAAUUUAUAAUUUUAUUCAACAAGCUAAAGGACAAAGCACUGCUUUAAUAGUAGUCUACAUAAUUAUUUCACUAAUACUAGGCAUCAAUGACAAUAUAGAUUUGUAGAAUUAAACCCCAAUUUAAGAAGAAUACUAAACUGAUUUGAAACAUAAUUUAACUGAAAUUAAGAAAUCUCAAACUACGAUCGUUUAAUUGCAAUAAUAAUAGCAAUAAUAAUAAUAGUACUACUACUAAUAAUAAUAAUUAUAAUAAAAAUCAAAUUGGGAAUAAUAUUAAUAACAAACAGAUGAAUGGAUUUGUAAAAUGGAUCUAAACAAAUAUUGCUUGCUAGAUAGUUUAAAUUUAUGUGAAUAAAAUUAUGCAAUGAGAAAAUCCUUAGGCGAUUUAAAAAUUUCAAUAUAACAAUUGUUCCAAAAUUUAAUGAUUACUAGCCAAUCAACUAAUUUAUAAUAGUCAAUUAACCUGUGGUCAGAAAUAGUUGAAAAAAAUUCAUUGUAGAGUUGGUUGGAAAAAAACUUUUUUUCUGAAAAUUCUGCUGGAAAAUUAGAAUUAGCAAGGUAAAAAUAAUAUAGAUACGGGAUUGAUGGGAUUUAAGGAAUGCAAGAAGAUUAAAUAUCAAUAAUUUCACCUUAGAAUGAAGGCAAAGGCACAUUUAAUAGAGAUCAAGUUCAUGAAUUAUCUGCAAUAUCAGCCAUUUAAUAGCAUGGAGAUAUGCAAGGAUCUAAUUCUAUUUUAUUCAAUAAAACAACACUAGGAUGCUAUUUCUUGACAAAUUAAUUAAAGAUUGAAAUGAGUGUGUCAAUAUUUUUGAUGGAAGACGAAUUUGAUACUAAAAAAUCAAUCUUAAUUUUGGUAUUGAGAAAUAUCGACAAAGAAGUAAAAAGGAUGAAAACAAGUCUGGAGAAAACCGAAUAAUAGAAGAUUGUAUUCUAUAAAUAUAUAAAACGAGUAGCUGAAGAUGUAGGUCAGAUAUUAUAAUAAAUUAAGAACACCAAAAUGAAAUUAGAUUAGCGUCAAAAGUAUUAUAUUAUAAUAAACUAAAAGAGAAUUUGAGAAGAUCAAGUAAAGCAACUUUAUUUCAUUAUCAUUUUGUGAUGGCGAUGCAUUCAUCAAGUCCGAAAAAAUGUUAGGAGAAAUGAAACUAUCACAACAUCUAAGUGUGCCUAAUUAACCUGCUGGAUAAAACUCUAAUUAACGAGUGACGUCAUCUUUAAGUUAGAAUCAUGAAACUUAGGAUGAAUAAAUAUAGAAAUUGUAUUCUUUUUCAUAGCCAAGCGAUUUAAUAAAAUAGAUAGAUAAAUGGUAAACUAAUGUUUUGUUGAUAGAACAAAACAACUUUAAUUUUUUUGAGUUAUUUUCAACUAUUGAAUUUUAAACACAUAGAUUUAAUUUUGUUAAUAGUUUAAACAGUGUGAAGGAAUUAUUUAAGCAAGACAAUUGUGUUUAAAAGUAUAAUAUCACAAUUUCAUUUGAAUUAAAUAAUGAAAAUGAAAUGGUUUUGAUUUCGGACAAACGUAAAAUAAAGCAGGUGCUUAUGAAUAUAAUAAAGAAUUCGAUUUAAUCUUUUGAUUUUAACUUAUCAAGAAGACAAUCAGAGAAGCUAACUGCUAUGUCAAAUGAAUAGAAAUAAGACAUUAAAUAGUAAGAAUUAAAAGUGUAAAACACAAUCAUAAUCAAAACAUGGGCAGAUGAGGAAAAGAUCGCUGUUGAAGUUAUUGAUAAUGGCGGAGGAAUUACAUAAGAAAUGCUCAAGAAUAGGAUCUAAGAUUGUAAAUUAGGAUUGCAAGCAUGUAGGAAAAUUUUGAAGCAACUUUCACAUGAUCCAAGAAAGCCAUUAGAUAUUGUUAAUUAUGUGAAAACUAAAGAUGGAAUUAAGGGGACUGUUGUACAAUUUACAUUAUCUAAAUAAUUUGUGCCGUCUUAAUCUAUUGAAGAAAAUGUAUUCUCUGAUUCAUUAACAAUGAACAAUAAAGUUGAAUUAAAUUGA